AUGGCGGCAGUACGAUCCGUCCUGCUGAGCGAUAUCCAGCAGGUUUUGAGUCUUGCACGGGAUCAAUAUGGGUACCUACUGUCUAGUACUAUCAGUGAGUACUUGAAUAAAAAAAGUACCCGAGCAGACUUUCAAAGCUUCUCCUUGCUACGUGGACGUCUUCUACGUUGUCAUUAUUUGACUGAAAUGUCGCCUGUGGACGUAGUGAAGCCAUUUCUAGACGUGAUUCGACAUGAACAUAUCAGUAGCACAGUCACUGCUGCUGCACUGCAAGCGGUGAUGAACUUUCUGCACUCGUGGCCGUGGACAGACGUUAAGGACCAAAAUAUCGCGGCAGACGCCGUCGCUGAUGUUGUGGAUGCUGUGAGCCAGUGUAGAUUCCAAGAAAAGGACAGCCAGAGCCACCAACACGUGCUGAUUCUGGUGGUUCAGGUGCUGUACGCGGUGGUACGUUCAUCUUGUGGCACGAGACUAUCGGAUCACUCAAUGUGGCAGUUGGUGGAGUCACUCUACGCUCUCAGUCGCAGCUCUCAACAUGAUCCGCAUAUUACGCUGCCAUUGCGAUUCAUUGCUACAAACUUUCUACAUGACACGAUUGCCUUUAUUUUUUCAAAUCCGGUCAUUUACUCAAAUCUGGCUUCUACUGUUGAUGAUACAACGUCCUUGUCGGAGCCUCUUAGACCUGGAUUUGGAUUGCCUUGUGCAGUAAAAAUUGUGGGCUUUCUAUGCCAAAAGUUACACAAGCGCAAUUAUUUAUCACCUCUUGCGUCGGAUGCUCCUACCGUGUCGACUGGAAACAUGACAAGCCAAUGUGAAGUGUUAUUAUCCUUUAGCUUGCUUCAGCGUGCACUGGUCGCUUGCGACGCUGAUCUGAUGUCGGGUGUGCCAUCGCUAAUGUUUUUCAUCAAGGACGAUUUGUGCAGCGCUAUUUUGCGCUAUUGUCGUCUUGGCGCUUGCGCGGAGCUUCAGAUCCCCGUGAAAUGUCUCGAGCUAAUCAGGCUCUUGUGGUCAAAGCUUCGCUCGAAUCUCAAAAUGCAGGUAGAGGCGAUUUUUGAGGGCGUGUUCUACCACACGCUCCACUGGUGUCUCGCCAAUAUGGAUUUUAAUAACCCAGACUUUCCGCAUGGGGAUGAUUCGGCUCCCUCUACUGGAGAUACAAGUGGUCAAGGGGACGACAAGCCGAUGGUCGAUUGCGCUUUAGACGUGUUUUCCGGAAAUAUGCUAUCCAAGAGCCAAUUGUACAAGAUCUCAUUUGAAAUUCUCGACUGCUUAGUGGACCUGCUUGCCGAGGCAACGUUGUUGCCUGACUUAUACGUGAAUUACGAUUGCGACGACAAUCGUUGCGACCUAACGCAAACAUUAUUCAAGCUGCUUUCUCAGACUGCUCAGCAAUCUCAUGUGGCUUGUUUUGAGUCGCACGACGAAACGCAUUUUCUGUGGGCUCAGGCUAUUGGAGAGAUUGCUCUUCGCGGAAUGUUCAAUGCACUCUAUGUCGUGCAUCUCCGAACGCACCCAGGGACGCCUGCUCUUCGUGGUGACAGUAGCAGUGGACCGAGCGACGAAGAGAGUAGUGUGGAUGUGCUGCUGGUAGAUCAGGAAGAACGAUCUUCACCAGCCAAUACUGAUGGGUUUGCUUCUGCAGAAGCUCUACUUAAGAAACGACAGCGCAAAAAGUUUUUUCAACACGGGAUUCAGGAGUUUAAUCGAAAGCCACUAGCAGGAAUCAGGUACUUGCAGCAACAUUAUUUUCUGCCUACGCCGCUCGACAGCAUGUCUCUUGCUACGUUCCUUCGAUCGCUUCCUCAAGGUUUGAACAAAAAUUCGGUGGGUGUGUACUUGGGAGCAAUGGGCAAGGAAGUCAAGGGUUUUGAGAAAACCGAGAUCCACGAGGCUGAUACAAUCGACUUCCAUCGCGACGUUCUUACCGACUUCGUGCAAUCGUUUAAUUUUGAAGGAGAGAGCAUCGUUACUGCACUGCGAAUGUUUCUUGCGAGCUUCCGUCUGCCAGGUGAGGCUCAACAGAUUGACCGCAUCUUGAACACCUUCUCGCACCGAGUAUAUGAGCAGUGCCGGGAACGAUUUGUGAUGGCAUCCGUGGACGUAGCAUAUUUGCUAUCAUUCAGUUUGAUCAUGCUAAACACAGAUCUGCACAACCCAAACAUACAAAGAGAUAAGAAGAUGAAGCUGGCUGACUUUAUUAAGAACAACAAAAACUAUGGUCAAGACGUUUCCAAAGGCCUCGAUUUGCCUGACGAUUUUCUAACCGAAUUGUACAGCACCAUUGCAAAGGACGAGAUCAAGACGUUUGAAGAUGGUGGCAAGCACGGUGAAGUGACGAGUGAUCGAUGGAAGGACUUGCUCAAUCAAGCAGAAAGUGACCCGCGUAAUUCGUGUUUGAUUGUGCACCAUCCGUCGUUACGUCUUCGAUCACCAAGCGCGCCUUGCAGUAUAAGUGUUGCCCAAGGCUCAGCGGUACGUCUAGCACCUGCUGUGAAGCAAACGAUGACUCAGGCUCGGCUCACGAUGGUUGCUUCUAGCCAUGUUAAGGGAGCCACCAAUUUACAAAAAAGUGGAACUUGUGAGGCUGAGCUUGUGCCACUCUAUGCUUCUUCAGGCAACCAAUACGAUCGCCAUAUCUACGAGUUGAUUCAGCGAAACCUUGUUCGUGCAUUCAACAGCGUUUUUCAGCAGUUUGUUGUUGAUUCACAAGCAAAAGAUGCAGCAAGGGGCGAUGAUCUCUCAGUCGGUAGCAGCUAUGAGAUGCACUAUGUUCCCCAGAGAAGUGCACUUCAACUUGCAUGUAAUGGUUUCGUGCUGUGUGCAGCGGUGGCAUCCUAUUUGUCGUUGACAGAACACUGCAAUUCUUUGUUUAUCCGCAUGUGCAAGUACACGGCGCUGCUUUCGUCGGACAUUUAUCCUGUUGGAUAUAACGGCCGCGAAAACGGUAUUUGGGUGUAUUGUGACAACCAGAGUGCUACAGUCGCGACUGCAGCUGUACUUAAGCUGGUAAGGACGUGCAGCUUGUCGCUUCAUAGCCGCUCAUGGAAAUAUUUCUUCCAUGUUGUGAAUGGUUUGCGUGAGUUCCAUGUCUUGCCGUCUCGAAUUCUGUAUCCCAGCGACAAAACAGAUUCGGAGCUAAUGACACCUGACGAGCGUCUUGAGUUUAUUGACCUGGUGUAUCAGAACAAAGAAGGAUUGGAAAGGAAGAUGGCGCUUAGUGCACACGAUCAGGGCGGUAGUGGUGGUGACGUUGGUGGAUUUUUCAGCGGUGUCGCGUGGCUGCUAUCAACUCUUGAUUCCAACCUAGGCGGUUCAGCACCUUUGUCUACCAAAACGACAAAGUCUCGUCUUUCUCCUGAUUUUGAGUGGCGCCAGCUCAGUCCGGCUGAGCUAGCCUUCCACACGGAAGAUCUCGUGAUCGAGGGGAAUACGCCAACGGAGCAGGCGCUCGACGGCAAAGAUGACCAAACAGAUGAGUUUGGCACUUCCCAGUGGAUUCGAACGAUUCUGCAGCCUUACCGACUGGAACUUUUGAUGGAUGACGUGGCUAACUUGCCAUCUCGCGCCCUUGCUGAAGUUAUCGAGGCACUGCAUGACGAGAUAUUGCUGACAAUACGAUGUCCUCAUCAAGAAAACUCGAAAAAGUCCACAAAGAUGUCGCUCAGCCAAGGAGGAUGCGUUCUUUUCGAGCACCUAUUAAGCCAGGUAGUCUCCCUUAGCAGGUCUCUCUUUGAUGGUGGUGCAGCUGAUGAAGAAGAAAUAUCUGGUAUGCUCGAAGCUCACUUUACUCAAAUGCUGACUCUUUUGCAGCCGGUGGUGGUUACAAACACUAGUCCAACUGGAUUGACCUACGAGAACGCAUGCUUUUUGUUACACAAGUCGAUUAACGGUCUGUUCGCUUGGGUGACCCGUACGCGUAGUGAUGUCAAUGGGCUGCUGCUGGUACAAUGCUUGGAUGCUUUGAUGAAAAUGAGCGGUGAUGACGAGCUUAUCCGACCUUUCCUAACGCCAAUUAUGUGCGGAUUGAAUCGAUAUGUGACGCUGGUGAAGCCAAAUAAUUUACAUUACUCACGCAUGGAUUGGCUGACGAUUUUCAAUCUGAUCACCUUGUCCAUUGAGAUGCCUCACGCAGCCUCGCACGCCUUCGGACUUCUUGAGCAGCUUGUGACAGAAAAGAUCUGGAAUGAAGACGGAAACGAAAUUCUUGCUAGCGACUGCUACACGAAGAUGAUUAUGAUGGCCAUGAAAUUACGCGACACACACGAUUCAUGGGCACCCUCGAGACCUAUUGAUUUACUUCUCUUCAUGUUCGAUACACUCCGCCCUGAUGCGUCAAACUAUAUUAAAGAACGCUUGCGUUUUAUAGGUGGGAUGACUGUUAUAUCAAGGCAUCUUCUAUUAAACCAGAUUAAGCAGGAGCUCCCCAAUGACCUCGUUGUAGCGGCGAUUAAAGGUUUGAAGCACAUGUUGUGCACACACACAGGAUCUAAGCAGUCGUUUAAGCCCGUGGCCUGGCUGGACGUUCUUCGAUACGGAUUGGUUCCUGUUGGUUUUGACUUGCUAAGCGAUGCGGGAUCCAAAUAUCUUGGUGGAGCGAUGUAUGACGAAGAGGAGACAAACUCACCCUUCCUGUACUACCAGCGACAAUUACCUACCUUUAACAGAGAUAGUCCCAAUGAUAUACUCGCUCCUGGCGAUAAUACAAGUCCUACUGGACGUCGAUGCCGACCAUUAACGAUAAGAGACCCGUUGGCCCUACGGCCACACGUGGUGGUGGCUCAGAUGCUUUCACUAGUGGUAUGUGAAGAAUUGACACGGCUACAGACGUGCUCCAAGUUUCUGUCUGUGUGGGAAAACGUGGCAGAGCUGCUGGUGGGCUUGCUGGAACACACAUUCAUGGAAACCCCUCCAUCCCCUGCGAAUGGAGCUGCGAGUGGGGAGGUGUUGAUUGCGGCACUAGAGCGCCGAAGCGUGCUUUCAGCGCACGAAGAGAUUCUUGAGCACAGUAGAGGAAUCGUGAGGCGCUUAGCAGUUCUACAGGACGAGGUCAAAGAGCAGGACGAGACAAAAGUCCAGGAGGAAGUUAAGUUGGAGAAAAGACCUGACGCUAAGCUGUCGAAUGUCUUGAUGCAGGUGCUGAAAGAGAAAUGUCGCUCCAAUUCGGCCUUACUGGAGCAGCUUUUUCCUGCACAGGACGACGACACUGGCGGACGCUCUCCACCUGUCGAAAAGGUCGAUGGAGAUAUUGUCGAAGAGCAAAACGACAGUAAGGUGGCAAGUUAA